AUGGAUGCUCACAUGCCAAAUGUCAUGCCUUCAUGCGCAUCGAUUAAUGCCAUGUCACAAUCAUCAUCUCCAGCAGCUAUUCUUCUCAAAAACACUGCUCUUCCUCUCGACACUAGAAUGGAUGUCAUUCAAUUCGCAAGAACUGUCGUUUCUUCCCUUCGCCAUCCACAUCACUCAAAUGUCAAAAUGUCAGAAGAUGAACAAGAAUUGAAAAUUAUUGCACAUUGGACCUCUCAGGAGAACAGAUUGAACCUCAUUCCUUCCACCGAAAGUAUUGAGUCCUCUGAUUCUACUCUUUCUAGCAUUAGUUGUUCAACAGGUUCCAACAAUUACAACACUACGGAGCUUUCAAAAACAUCUUCCUUGUCCUCUCUCAUCGAUGAAAAGUAUUUCACUCCAAAAAGAAAGAACACUGCUGCCUCAAGAAAGAAUCCUCAAGACUUGAAACAUUUACAACAAGGAAAACCAAACAUGAAGAAGAAGAAAUUCUCUCCAUUAUUGAACAAGGAUUCAUUUGAAAUUCCAAAAAAGACUGGAAUUUUCUUUUCUGUCUUUAAUCUCAUCAAUGACAUUUUAAGUCCAGGAACUCUUAGCAUGAGUCAAAUGACUGCUCAAUCUGGUAUCUUUUCCUCUUAUUUAUUAACCUUCUUGUUUGGAGCUGUCACUCUUUUCACUCUUUGCCUCUUGUACGAAUUGAGAAGAAAUCAUUUAAAAUCAAGUUUAAUUGAAUUGAGCGAAAAAGCAUUUGGAAAAUUGGGAGUUAUUUUCACAAGCAUUGCUAUCAUCUUGUUUAAUUUCGGAGGAGCUUUGGGAAUGUUCAUCAUGUUUGGACAUAUGGUUCCAGAUUUGUUACAACAAUGGAAAUUACAAUUUUACAAUCCAAAACAAUUUGAUUCACAAGAAGGAUUUGUUUCACCACAACUUCAAUCCAUUCAUGAAUGGAUUUCCACUCUCACAAGCAGAACGGCUGUUUUAAUUUAUUUGACUCUCUUAAUGAUUCCAUUUGCGUUGAGAAAGCAACUCACAAGUUAUGCUUUUACUUCAUUCCUAUCCGUGAGUUCCGUGUUCGUCAUUGGUGCUUGGCUUGCGUAUGAAGCAGUGAGUGGAAAUAAGAGAUUUGUUCCUCCUCCUUCCGAUGCUUUGAAUUUUGUGAGAGGUUCACAAUUUUUCUCGGCAUUGGGAGCUUUGGCUUUCAUUUAUGUGUGUCAUGACAUUUGUUUUCACAUAUUUGAAGGAUUGAAGAGACCUACACGAUUGAGAUUCUUUGUGGUUGCGUUGUGUGUCGUGUUGUUGACUAUUGUGACGAUUAUUACGGUGGGAACGAGUGGAUUUUUAUUGUUUUAUGAUCGAUGUUUGAAUGAUGCCAAUGUGUUGAAUUUGUUUCCAUUGAAUGAUCCAUGGGCUAUUGCAGCUCGAGUGUUGUUGUCAUGCAAUAUUUUGUUGUCCAUUCCAUAUGCCUUGUUCAUGCCAAGGGAUUGUUUGAAACAAUUGUUGAUCUUGUUGAUUCCUAAAAGAGUGCAGAAAGGGUCCGUUUGGACGAGUUUCAAAAAAAGUGCAUUGGCAAAAGAGUUAGGUCAUGUGGUUUUGACACUUUUUAUAUUAUGCAGCGCAUUUGGAAUUGCAGUGGCUGUGAAUGAUUUGGGAAUUGUUUCAGAUUUGUUUGGAGCAGUUGCUGCUGCUUCAUUGGCUUAUAUUAUUCCACCUGCGUUGUUCUUGAAAUUGGAAUUCUCCUGGUGUGGUGGUUGUCUAAGUGGAGAGACAGCCUUGAAACGAUGGACCAGUAGGGUGUUUAGAAGAAAGAAUGGCUCUUUGAACAACGCCAAGAUGUUGAACAGUUCUUCAGAGUUGAUUGAAAUGAGCGAACAACCGGUUGAAAGUCAAAAGACAUCCUCUCAACUUGAUCAAGUUGCAAUGGCAAACGACGAGUUUUAUUAUCAAGAGACUAGCAUUUCCAGAGGUUGUUUGAAAUUGUGCAUUGGUUUGACAUGCAUCUUUGUGUUGAUGUUGGGACUACUCACGUUCUUGAGUACCAUUGUCAGUGUUGCCUUUAAUAAGCUGAGUUAA